GUUGUGGUCAAGUCCGAAAUGGAUUUACAAUUGCUAAAUGACACGGGGAUUUGGGCAUGUCUUCAGGUGCACAACGUCUCGAUUCUGAACAGGAGCUCAAACGGGAGUCUGGAGCUUCCCAACGGCACCUGCGAAGACGCGCUUCUGUUGCCCAAGAUUGAGCCGGCGCGAGCUAAAGAGAUGGAUUCUCUGCGCAUCCUGCUCUACUGUCUGAUUUUCCUGCUGAGUGUGUUUGGGAAUCUGCUUAUCAUAGUGGUGCUGAUGGUGAAUAAGCGAAUGCGGACGGUGACCAACUCGUUCCUGCUCUCUCUGGCCAUUAGUGACCUGAUGAUGGCUGUGGUCUGCAUGCCCUUCACUCUCAUUCCCAACCUGAUGGGGGACUUCAUCUUUGGAGCUGCCAUGUGCAAGAUUGUGGCCUAUCUUAUGGGAAUCUCUGUAUGUAUAUCUACCUUCAGUCUGGUGGCUAUAGCCAUUGAGAGGUACAGUGCUAUUUGCAACCCGCUCAAGUCACGAGCCUGGCAGACUCGAUCCCACGCCUACAAAGUCAUCGCUUCAACCUGGGUUCUGUCCUUCCUCAUUAUGACGCCAUAUCCUAUCUUCAGCACCUUGGUGGAGUUCACCAAAAACAACAACAUCACUGGUCACAUGUGUCGUCAUGACUGGAAGAAUAGUGAGGUGGAGAAGACAUGGUGCAUCCUCUUGCUGUUUGUUCUGUUCUUUAUCCCUGGAGUCGUAAUGAUCAUCGCUUACGGGCUCAUCUCUCGAGAGCUUUACCGUGGAAUACAGUUUGAACUGGAGCAGAAGAAGGGACAGUGUGGAAUGAAAAAUGGUAUAAGCGCCACUGUCUUAAUUAGCAGCGACGAUGGAGAUGGCUGCUACAUCCAGGUGUCCAAGAGACCCAACUCCAUGGAGAUGUCAGCCCUCACCCCAACAGGCUCCGCAAAGGUGGACCGACCCCGCAGCAACACAUCCGAGGCUAAACUAAUGGCCAAGAAGCGAGUGAUCCGUAUGCUGAUCGUCAUCGUUGCCAUGUUCUUCAUCUGCUGGAUGCCUCUCUACUCCGUCAACACCUGGAAAGCAUUCGACCUUGCUUCAGCCCACAGGGCUCUUUCUGGAGCCCCCAUUUCAUUCAUCCACCUGCUCUCCUACACCUCUGCCUGCGUCAAUCCCAUCAUCUACUGCUUCAUGAAUAAGCGCUUUCGAAAAGCCCUUCUUGCCACCUUCUCCUGCUGCUGUUGGCCCUGCCGCAAAAGAGGCUUCAGGGAAGGCGAUGAUGAGGUUACAGCUACUGGAGCGUCCAUGUCUAAGUUCAACUACACCACUGUCAGCACAAUGGGCCCAUGCUGAUUCUCAAAAGACUUCAGCUUGGGAAAGACGGAGCAGAAUUGGAAGUUGACACUGUUAGAGGUUACAUUGGGAAGAGUUCCAAUGGACAGACUUAGAUUGUUUAUCACCUACUUGCAGGAAAGCAAAUUACAUCCCACAUCUUCAUCGGUCAAUGUUUUAUGAUCUGUGAUUGCUUGUGCUGUUAUAUAAACACUGGGCACUUGUAUAAAUGUAAAUACUUAAGGUGGCGUCCCACAAGCUGGCCCAAGACUACUUGUUAGGGUCUCUUCUGCCGAAGGUCUGUUAUUUUAUCCUCUUUAAGCAAAAGGGAGACUAAACAUUUUUCUCAGACUUGUGGUGAAGAAGAACUCCAAAGAUCAUUCAUUUUAACAACUACUAUGAAUAACAAUCUGAGUCUGAAGUACAGUACGUGGCUCAGAGUUCACUGAAGAUAAUUACGGAAAGAACAGAGUAAGAAGCAGCUCACUGGUCGGCGUUAUCGACUGAAACAUAAUGUAAAACUGGCGAGAUGUUGUCAGAGUCAGCAAGAUCAUCAAACUCAGCAGGAAGCAGAGUUUUUGGCGCUGUUAGUGCACACUGAGUGCCCUCCCUGCUAUGAUUGUCAAACUACAGUAUGUAAAUGGCUAGUGGAAUGCCAGCCUUACACUUUGUGUUAAGUUAUACUUUGCAGUUUUAAGUGCCUGCAUAGUGUUUAAAAUCUUUUUCUGUGGUCAAGGUUUUUUUUUUUUGUUAUGGUGAUUGUCACAGCAGGAGAGAUUAACUAAAAGAUUUCAUCAAAAAGCUAUACAGCAGCUCUCUAAAUCUGAGCCAACAGGCUUAUACAGUAGUAAAACUCACAGUAUUCUACUGUAUUAUAAAAACCCAAUACAAUGACACAAUGCUGGACAGCACAAAGAUUUUUAUUGGGCUUAAGAGGAUUUGUUCUGUCCUUCAUGGCCUUCACAGUGCGUGGUUCAUCUUCUUGAGUGGCGGUAAAUGCAGGUAACCUCCACUGAAUGUGAAGCCUAGACUCCGAGAUCUGUCAUAAUGUUACAGACUGAUUUAUGGCUGCUUUUACAUA